CAUUUGUGCGCAUGCUCAGUGCUCCCCUUCAUGUGUUCCUCGCUCAUGUAGCGAGCUACUAGACAUGUGAAUUUAUCAGUGUUUCUACUCGUAGUCCGCUUUCACGGUCACCAUGAAAACAAGAUUCACUACCGUGGAUAUCAGGGCAGUUAUUGCCGAGAUAAGUGCAAACUACCUUGGCAUGAGAGUAAACAACGUGUAUGACAUCGACAACAAGACGUAUCUCAUCCGUCUGCAAAAACCUGACAGCAAAGCCGUCAUCCUGAUUGAGUCCGGGAUUCGGAUUCAUUCCACAGACUUUGAAUGGCCAAAGAACAUGAUGCCUUCGGGCUUUGCUAUGAAAUGUCGAAAACACCUGAGGUCGCGGCGGUUGACUGCGGUUAAGCAGCUUGGGAUCGACAGGAUUGUUGACAUCCAGUUCGGUUCAGAUGAGGCUGCCUACCACUUGAUCAUUGAACUGUACGACAGGGGUAACGUCAUUCUCACAGACUUUGAGUACACCAUCCUGAACCUGCUGAGGUUUCGAACAGCGGAAGCAGAAGCAGAAGCGGAAGAUGUAAAGAUAGCUGUAAGAGAGCGGUACCCUGUGGAGAGCGCCCGGCCCCCCGAACCGCUCCUCAGUUUAGACCGACUCACUGAAAUCCUCAGCCAAGCACCAAAUGGAGAGCAAGUUAAAAGGGUCCUCAACCCGCACCUUCCCUAUGGAGCCACCCUGAUCGAACACAGUCUGAUAGAGGUGGGACUGCCGGGCUCUGUCAAGGUUGACGGUCAAGUUGAUGCAGUUGCACCAAAAAUCCUGGAAGCCCUGCAGAUUGCUGAAACCUAUAUGGAAAAAACGCAACACUUCAGUGGCAAAGGCUACAUCAUUCAGAAGAGUGAAAAGAAACCAAGCUUAACUCCUGGCAAAGCCGUUGAAGAACUGCUCACAUAUGAUGAAUUCCACCCAUUCCUCUUUGCCCAGCAUGCAAAGAGCGCCUAUUUGGAGUUUGAUACUUUUGAUAAGGCAGUGGAUGAGUUCUUUUCUAAGAUGGAGAGUCAGAAGAUUGACAUGAAGGCCUUGCAGCAGGAGAAACAAGCCCUUAAGAAGUUGGAAAAUGUUAAGAGGGACCACGAGCAGAGAUUGGAGGCCCUGCACCAAACACAGGAGGUGGACAGGAUAAAGGGAGAGCUGGUGGAGAUGAACCUGCCUGUGGUGGAGAGGGCACUGCAGGUGGUGCGCAGUGCUCUGGCGAAUCAGGUGGACUGGACUGAGAUCGGCGUUAUCGUCAAAGAGGCUCAGGCCGCUGGUGACCCGGUGGCCUGCGCCAUCAAGGAGCUGAAGCUGCAGACCAACCACAUCACCAUGCUGUUAAAGAACCCGUAUAUUUCUGAGGAAGACCAGGAAGAGGAAGAGAAAAAAGAGGUAGUGGAGGAGAAAGGAAAGAAAAACAAAAAUAAAGACAAAGGACAGAAGCUACAAAGGAACAAGCCCACGCUAGUCGACGUGGAUCUUGGCCUGUCGGCUUACGCCAAUGCCAAAAAGUACUAUGACUUCAAACGCACUGCUGAAAAGAAAGAACAUAAAACUAUGGAAGCGGCAGGCAAGGCGAUGAAAUCUGCAGAGAAAAAAACACAGCAAACGCUAAAAGAGGUGCAGACCGUCACCACCAUUCAGAAGGCCCGGAAGGUCUACUGGUUUGAGAAGUUUUUGUGGUUCAUCAGCUCAGAGAAUUAUCUCAUCAUCGCAGGAAGGGACCAGCAGCAGAACGAGAUCAUUGUCAAACGCUACCUCCGAGCUGGUGACAUUUAUGUUCACGCCGACCUUCACGGAGCGACCAGCUGUGUCAUCAAAAACCCCUCAGGUCAGCCCGUCCCCCCUCGCACGCUGACAGAAACUGGUACUAUGUCCGUGUGCUACAGUGCUGCUUGGGAUGCCAAGAUCAUCACCAGCGCCUGGUGGGUCCAUCAUCAUCAGGUGUCUAAAUCGGCUCCCACCGGAGAGUACCUGACCACUGGAAGUUUCAUGAUCAGAGGAAAGAAAAACUUCCUUCCGCCCUCUUACUUGAUUAUGGGCUUCGGAUUCCUCUUCAAGGUCGAUGAGCAAAGUGUGUUCCGGCACAGAGGCGAGAGAAAGGUGAAGACUGUGGAAGAGGACAUGGAGGAAGUCACGUCCGAAGCGGCCGAGCUGUUGGUGGAGGGCGAAGAGCUGAUAGGGGAUGACAGCAGCAACGAAGAUCAGUGUGAGGAAGGAGCGGCGGGAGAUGGAGGGAUGGAAGAGACGAUUAACCAAGUGGCCGGGGGGGAUAACAGCACGAAUGGGGGACUGGCCGCCGUUCCCAAAGAGGACCACUUGGAGGGAGAGGUCGAGAAGAGUGGAGAGAUGAAGGAGGAGACUGAGGAAUUCAGCUUUCCGGACACAACCAUCUCCCUGUCUCAUUUACAGCCCAGCAGGAAUACUCCGAACCCUGGUUUCAAAAAGGAACUGAGCACUCAGGUUGAGUCAGACUCGCAGGGCAGGAAGCACAUGACUGCCAAGAAAAGAAGAGAGGAGAAGAAGAAGAAGCCGGAAGGUUGCAACGCUGAGGAGAAGUGUGAGAUUACGUCAUCUGGAGCAGCAGUUGAUCAGGGAUCCAAAGGUGGAGGAGUUUCCUCCCAGCCGCCACCCAAGAGAGGUCAAAAGAACAAGUUAAAGAAGAUCAAAGAGAAGUACAAAGACCAGGAUGAGGAGGACAGGGAGCUGAUGAUGCAGCUGCUUGGGUCAGCUGGUUCCACCAAGGAAGAGAAGGAUAAGGGGAAGAAAGGGAAGAAGGGGAAGGGGAAAGACGAGCCCGUCAGGAAACCAGUCCCUCAGAAACAACCCCAGAAACCUCGAAAUGAGGAGAUGGCAGCAAAGAAACCAGAGCAUCCAGUAGCAGAGGAGAAGCAGCCCGGAGAGCAGGGAGCUUCUGCUGAACAGGACGACAAGGAAGACGAGGCGGACCAGGACAACCCCGGAGCAGAGGAGGCAGAGGAUCUGCUCACCUCUCUUUCGGGUCAGCCUCAUCCAGAAGAUGUGCUGCUGUUUGCUGUGCCGGUCUGUGCGCCGUACACGGCGCUUUCCAACUACAAGCACAAGGUGAAAUUGACACCAGGUUCUCAGAAGAAAGGAAAAGCUGCACGCACUGCAGUUCUCAGUUUCAUGAAAGUCAGAGAUGCCUCAACCAGAGAGAAGGACCUGUUCCGGAGCGUCAAGGACACUGAUCUAUCAAGAAAUAUGCCAGGAAAAGUUAAGGUGUCUGCUCCAAACCUUCUUGCUGUCAAGAAGAAAUAAGAGACACAGAACUGUGGGAUUGUGCCGACUUCACCUACAUUUCAAGCACUGAACCAUAACAGCAGGGUUCCCUGCUGGAAAUGUUGAUAUCAACAUUUAGCUUUGAUUUUAAUUGUUCACCAACAAUUUGUUUGGAAUGAAAACGUGUAAUUCAACAAAGCUGAACAGAACACAACUAAUGGUAUGUUUUUUUCUUUAAGUAUGAAUGAAAAGAUGCAUCAUAUUUUUACAAUAAAGAACAUUGUGCAAACCAGGCAAAUACAAACAAAGCCUAUUGACAAUAGGAAUUCCAGUGUUAUGUGGCUCAGCCUCAAACACACCGGCAAGUUGAUUUAAAAAAAUUGACAUGGUACUGGAGCCACCGAGCGCCAUUUUCAGAAUAAAGAAACCACACAUUUCCUCAAAUAGACUUUUUUAUAAAUAAAGAUUAACAUUUGUGUCUUCAGAGGAGAUCUUGUCAGAUAGGACUUUUACUGUUGAGAUUUAGCAAACAUCUGUAUUAAAGAUCAUGCCAAACAUUUGAAGAUACGGGCUCCCUGAAAAGCAAACCUGUUUUAUCCCUGACCCGCUGUGUCUGGUGAGGAGAUACUCUUUUUGAGCUCUAUACAUUUGUGGAUACAAAUAAAACUACAUUUUCACUAA